AUGCAUAUCCACCGUCGAAAUCCUCAACUUAUUACCUCGGCGUGGGUUAACCCUGCCGACCCUGCUAUUACCAUUUCGGAUGAUAUCGAUAUCGAUAAUCAUGAUCCUCAAUCGUCACAGUUUCAAGAAAAUCUGGGAGAAAAAAUAGGGGAGGAAGAAGAAGAAGAAGGAAAUGCCAAUCUCUCCAACAGAGGGGCGGAUACAAACGCAGAAACGUCAGGAGAAGCAGGAGAAGUAGUUUCCCACCGUCUCGACCAAACGUAUCCUGAUAUUCCACGUCCAACACCUAUUAAACUCCAGACGUCUGGGGGUGAAGGGUCUACUCCUCCUGUUUUGGUUCAAGAUGGUGACAAUAAUAAUAAUAAUACCGGAAAUACGGUUGAAGAUCAAGACAAAAAUGAAGAGAAGGAGGAUGAAGAUGAAGGCAGCGAUGAAGAGAAAGAAAAAGAAAAGGGAAUAGAGGACAUUGCAAAGUCAAUAUCCCUACCUGGUUUGCCCCUUGGGAUGCUGGGUCCUUUGAUGGGUCCUAUCAAUUCGAUCUCUUCGGUUCCUGAUAAUGGACCGGAAGGUAUUAUGGAAAUUGAGGUUAUACCAAGCGGCGGAAUGGACAUUCCUGCAUUCCCAGGGAUGCAAGAUAGGAAUAAUAACAAUAACAUGGUGGAAGAAAUAUGGAUUACAACAGAUGAUUCUUCACCGGAUAGCACUCCACCGGGUGUCGAAGCCGGGAUGUUCAAUCCGUUGGAUAUGCUGGCGAAUCAAUUGGAGAGUAUUAUGGGUGGCAUAUUUGGUGGUAGCGGCGGUGGAAUAAAACCAGAGGAGAAAAAAUUGGGACAACCAAUAGAUGAAGUCAUGUUACCAAACGGAUUGCCACAAAAAGGUCCGGAAGUACCGAUUGGGAUGGGUGGUGAGGGUAUCACUGUUAAUACUGUCGACGUUGGUGGGGGCGGGCCAGUUAAGAGGGGGUGGGAAGAUGUUGGGAAGGUUGUGGGGAUUGUGAUGCUAUCUGUUAUUGGACCCGUUGUAGUUAUUACAGCAUUAGGAUGUGGAAUUACAAUGUUGGUGAAGAGGGUAAGGUCGAAGAGGAAGGGUUAUAGAGAAGUUCAAGCGGGGCUAUGUGGGGACGAGGAGUGGAAUUAG